AUUGAUAAGUUUCAAUAUGUAAUGAACGACGGAAAUUUAUUACUAUUGAGAAGUCUCUCUGGGUCUAGAAACUAUGAGGACGCGGCGGAUGCGGCCGCUCUGCUGGCUACGAGUGAAGUGCUCAAUUCUAGGCUUUUGAUUGGUUCAUUAAAAUCUUCCGACCUCCGAUGCUCUCCAAAAGCUGCCCAAAAUUUACCCAAGGCUGGAUAAUGCUUCAACCUAAGUCCUCUCAAGAUGUCGAGUUGAUAUUUCCAGAGUCUUCCUUCAAAGGUAAACAAAUAAUAUCUUCACUCUUUAUUAUAUGACUUCUUUCUAUUCCAUUAGCGAACCUCGCACAUUCAUCCCUUGACUGUAUCUCCAAGCUACCAUACUUUUUCUCAUCUUGCAAGCUGGAACUUUCACCUUAAUCUUCAUACUCAAAGAUAUAAUACAGCGCAACUUCGAAUUUCAAUACCGACAAGGACGAGAAUGGCACGAACCAAGGGCGCAGCUCGCAGAGGCGAAGCGGGGCAUGAGUUUCGAGAGAAUAAAAAGCGCAAACGCGAACUGGCAGAGGGUGCCUCAAGAGACAAAGGAAAUUUCCCCUCCGUCUUCCAGGAACAAGAUCGACCCUCGAAAAAAGCAAGAGCAACUACAACUGUUACCAAGAUAUCUUCUCAUCAAUCUCCCUGUGUUGCUCCAGACACUCAAGAUCGAGCACAAAAUGACCUUUCCUCUUCCGUCCCAGCAUCGUCCACACCUGGAGGGCAGCGUCAAAUUCCUGCACCUCAUGAUCUAAACCACACACACCGAACAACCGAACUGUCUAUCCUUUCCUCCUCGCAGAUCCAAAAGAAAGCCUCGCGCAUCCUCUCGAUCCUCAGUACCUUUUCCUUCUCAGAUCCAGCACCCCACGUCGUGCUUUUAUCUGCCAAAGCACCUGUUGCAGGCAAACUCAUUACUAUUGCAGAGAUAGCUAAGCGGGAAUUGGCGAAGAAUGGCGCCAAGUGGUUUCAAUAUAAUGUUAUUGGAGAAUUAACUGCUACUAUUCCGAGUAAUACUGCAGAAGCUGAGAAGACUGGAGAUGAGAAGGAUGGAGACACAGAGAUGAAGGAUGGGGAAGAAGAAGAGGAGGAAGCUUUUGAAACCAUGAAAACUCCAUUUGAGAGAGCACUCGAGGCAGAAAAUAGACCUAUGAUUCGAGCUGUGCCUACGUUUACUCUCUAUCUAUCUCGAGUUAGGAUUGAAAGCUUGAAGAAGAUGUAUGGAGAGCAAACUAAUGCCUUGACUUGAUCGAGCCAUCGCACGGCUAGAGGAGAGGAAGGGUGUAUUAUACCAUGACCGAAUGGAUGGACCGUAAUUGAAAAGGAACUUGGCGUUUGACGGACCCGGGAGGAAAUAUUCAUAGAUGGAGAUACCCAAAUACUUGCUUUCAAGGGUAGCAGGAUGGUAGUGAUAUCAGCGGGGGUGCAUACACAUCAGCGCACACUCAGCGAUGCACCAAUACAUAAUAUGAAAGCCUUAGCCC